AUGACAGGAAGAGGAAAGGGAGGUAAAGGUCUUGGCAAGGGUGGAUUCAAAAGAACAAAUAGAGUGAUAAGAAAUAAUAUUACUGGCAUUACAAAGCCAGCCAUUAGGCGAUUGGCCAGAAGAGGUGGUGUGAAACGUAUCUCUGGACAAAUCUAUGAUGAAACCAGAGGAGUUUUGAAGAAUUUCUUGGAGGGAAUUAUUAGAGAUGCUGUUACCUAUACAGAGCAUGCCAGAAGGAAAACUGUAACAUCGAUGGAUAUUGUCUAUUCAUUGAGAAGACAUGGAAGAACUCUGUAUGGUUUUGGACAUUAA